AUGAACACUGGGAUUUGGCCACAGGGUCUAAAGAAGUUUGAAUGCCAUAAAAAUAACCUGCAUCAUGUGGGGUCGCUCAUUUCUAAGGACGAACGAAUUGUUUUACCAUCGGCCCUUCGACAAAAAGCAUUGGCUUCAGCUCAUAGUGGUCACGUGGGUGAAGCCGCAAUGAAGCGCAUUCUGCGUGAGUAUUUCUGGUGGCCAGGAAUGGCCACAGAAGCAAUCAAAUAUGUAAAAAGCUGUAACACCUGCACCAUGCUUGCUAGAAAAAAUCCACCAAUUCCACUGUCGAAUAGAGAAAUGCCAAACGAGCCUUGGGAGAUACUUCAAAUUGACUUUCUGUCACUCCCUAGAGUUGGUUCUGGUGAAUUUCUAAUAGCCAUUGACACAUAUUCUCGUUACCUCUCAGUUGCUGAAAUGAGAAAAACGGACGCAGAAACGACAAACUUGGCUUUGAUGGAGAUCUUCAAGCCAUGGGGACUACCGAAAAUAGUACAGAGCGAUAACGGUCCUCCUUUCCAGAGUUCACUAUUUUGUAAAUUUUGGGAAGAAAAAGGCGUUAGAAUAAGGAAAUCGAUACCACUUAGUCCGCAGUCUAAUGGAGCGGUGGAGCGCCAAAAUCAAGGCCUGAUAAAAGCGGUUUCGGCCGCAAGAAUCGACGGUAGAAAUUGGAAGUCAGCCCUAAAUGAAUAUGUUCAUAGGCACAACACCGUUGUCCCACAUUCUAGACUUCUAGUAACGCCAUUUGAGUUGAUGGUUGGUAGAAAAUACCGAGGUGUCUUUCCAUGCUUGUGGAACGAGAGACAUAAUAAAGAAUUGGACAGAAUAGACGUUCGUGAAAGGGACGCAGAAACGAAACUUGUUAGUAAGAAAUACGCUGACUCAAUUCGAGGCGCCAAGGAAUCUCAAAUUACUGUAGGCGAUUUUGUUAAAGUAGCCGUUCAAAAAAAGACAAAAACAGAUCCAAAUUUCUCUGCAGAUCGCUACCAAGUUGCAGCGAGACAAGGCGCAAAAGUAGCGGUCAUGAACAAGAAUGGAGUUUUGUAUUCACGGAACGUGCAGGAUGUUAAAAAGAUUAUUAGUGAUGACGAUACAUCUGAAAGUGAAGAUCAUAUCUCAGAGCCAACCCAUGUUGAAGCACCCGUAGAGGAACCUGUUCAAGGUGAUGAAGUGGAGAAGCCGAAUCCCAAAAAGUUCAAUUUACGAGAUCGCGAAAACCUUUCACGUUCAUCCAGAUUUAACGAUACAUUCUUGUAUAGUGUUGACGAUUGA